CGCCUCCAGCGCCUCGGCCGUCGCCUCCUUCGCCGCCCUCGUCGGUGCCUCUGCCGGGGCGCCCUCCAUCCAUGACGAUGCUACUGGACGGAGGACCGCAGUUCCCCUCGCUGGGAGUCGGGGGCUUCGGAGCCCCGCGCCACCACGAGAUGCCCAACCGGGAGGCGGCGGGGAUGGGGCUCGGUCCCUUCGGGGACGCCUCGCACGCCGCGGCCGCCGCCUUCAAGCUGAGCCCGGCGGCGGCGCACGACCUCUCCUCCGGCCAGAGUUCGGCGUUCACUCCGCAGGGCUCGGGCUACGCCAACGCCCUGGGUCCCCACCACCAUCACCACCACCACCACCACCACCACGCCGGCCAGGUGCCCUCGUACGGGGGAGCCGCGGCCGCCUUCAACUCCACGCGCGACUUUCUGUUCCGCCAGCGGGGCUCGGGCCUCGGGGAGGCGAGUUCCGGGGGCGGCCAGCACGGGCUGUUCGCCGGCUCGCCGGGGAGCCUGCACGGGCCCCCGGGCAUCGCCGAACCCCCGGGCUAUCUGCUCUUCCCGGGGCUGCCGGAGCAGAGCCCGAGUCACCCGUCGCCCACGGCCCACGUGGACAACAACCAGGUGCACUUGGGGCUUCGAGGAGAGCUGUUCGGCCGGCCCGACCCUUACCGCGCGGUGGGCAGUCCGCGGACCGACCCGUACGCCGCGGGCGCCCAGUUCCACAACUACCCCCCGAUGAACGUGAACAUGGGCAUGAACGUGGCGGCCGCGGCGGCGGCGCACCACGGACCGGGCGCCUUCUUCCGCUACAUGCGCCAGCCCAUCAAGCAGGAGCUGGCGUGCAAAUGGCUCGAGGAGGCACAGUUGGGCCGGCCCAAGAAGAGCUGCGACCGGACCUUCAGCACCAUGCACGAGCUGGUGACGCACGUCACCAUGGAGCAUGUGGGGGGGCCGGAGCAGAACAACCACAUCUGCUACUGGGAGGAGUGCCCCCGGGAGGGCAAGUCCUUCAAAGCGAAAUACAAACUCGUCAACCACAUCCGCGUGCACACGGGCGAGAAGCCCUUUCCCUGCCCCUUCCCGGGCUGCGGCAAGAUCUUCGCCCGCUCCGAAAAUCUCAAGAUUCACAAAAGGACGCACACAGGUGAGAAACCCUUUAAAUGUGAAUUUGAAGGCUGUGAUAGACGCUUUGCUAACAGUAGUGACAGGAAGAAGCACAUGCAUGUGCACACAUCCGACAAGCCCUAUAUCUGUAAAGUGUGUGACAAGUCUUAUACACACCCCAGCUCUCUUAGGAAACACAUGAAGCGCUGCAAUUGAACAGACUAUCCGGAGCCCUCCUACCCUGUGCUGAGCUGCAUCUGAUUGGCUGUGGCGAUAUGUGCGUUUCGUUAACUUCUGCCCAUUGACAUAUUAAAUGAAGAUGCACAGGGGAGCGACAUCAGUGAUUUCAAUUGACUCGUCAAUUGCCAGUACAUAGCCCUCAUCAGGCUUCGCUUUGCUAACAAGCUGAUCCAGCACAUGUGACAACAAGGAGGCCAGUCCUUCAAACAAAUGACAUGUUUGAUAAAGAAAUCUUUUCAAACUCAUUAUGCGUUUCGUUUAGCUUUUGUCUUUUGCCCUAGUAUAGCAUCUGUUGCAGGAGGCAUCCGUCCCUUCCUUGAUCGUUGCUGCAUCUUCUGUGAUUGGAGUGUCUUGUCUGCUAAGAGAUGGGAAGUGUAGCUUCUGUUUGUCCCUGUUGUAACGUUGGACUCUGGCCUCUCUGCCUUCCUCAGCUGAGAUUUAAUCUUGUGAAUGAGGCUGCCUUAAGGCAUUAUCCUAAGAUUCUCUAAUAAAAAGGCAAUGUCCUGGAAGAGCUAGGGGUGGAGGGAAGAGUGCCUCUCUGUAAUCUAGGAGCCUUCGAGAAGGAAAUCUGGGGGUUUUUGGCCCACGUGGUAACACAGAGGUGAUAAAACUUCCCAUUGCUUUUGUGAGGCUUGGACAAUUGCAGAGAUGAAAAAUCACAGUUGUGUUGUAAAUAAGAUGUUUGCAAUUCCCUCCUUGGGGAGUAGUGUUUAACUUCAUCUUUUGCUUAUGUGCACGAAACUAAAUACAUGCGUAUGUCUGGAUUCUGGAUUGCAUGCAUCUGGCUCCAUUAGAUUUCAUGUAAUUGCAUAUUGACUAAUGGCAUAAUACAGCUAUUUGACGACUGAAUUGAGGUCCAAAUGCUGCUAUUAGCAGUGUAAUCACUUUGGAUAAGUGAAUAGUUGGACUGUAGUACUUGAAAAUCAGAAACCGGGAGAAUAACCGUUCCGGGGUUUUCAAGGGAAAAGACCCAUUGUAACGUUUUGACUCAGAUGUAAACUAUUAUGAAUUCUAAUUUGUAGGUCAUGAGGAAAAGUAAUUGUGGUAAUUGUGAGACCUCUCAAUGCUUCAAAACUAAUGCCCUGUGCUGUCUUUUCAUUGCUUAUAUAUAAUAUAUAUGUAUGUAUAUAAACAUUUUCUUUUGCGAGUGAAGUGAUUUCAGAGUCUACAUGUGCUAUAAAUCUUUUAAUUAAAUAUGAAAUCUUUUGGAAAAGGUAAUUAUGUAUUUGUUUUUAAUCUGUGUUCAGUUCUCCGAAUGCACAGCCCGAGGCAAGC